AUGUAUCAGAGUUUAGCCCUAGCCCCCAACCAUGGGCAAUCGGCUUAUUCCCACGACUCCAGCAAUUUCCUGCACUCGUCGGCCAGCUCCCCGGUGUACGUGCCCACCACCCGGGUGCCCUCCAUGCUGCAGACCCUGCCUUAUCUGCAAGGCUGCGAGACAGCCCACCAGAGCCACCCCCUGGGCAACCACCCAGGCUGGGCGCAGACCGGCGGCGAGGCAUCGGCCUUCAACCCGAGCAGCCCUCAUCCGUCUUCGGGCUUCCCCUACUCGCACAGUCCGCCCGUCAGCAACAACGCCGGCCGGGAGGGAGCCUACCAGAACCCGCUGCUCCUGGGCAGCGGGGCCAGGGAGCAGUACAGCAAUGCCUUGGUGCGCUCGGUCAAUGGAUCCUACUCCAGCCCCUACCCUGCCUACGUGAGCCCGGAGAUGCCUCCCUCCUGGACCGCGGGACACUUUGAAAGCAGCGUCCUGCACAGUCUCCAGACGAGGCAGGCUGCCUUGCCGGGCAGGAGAUCCACUUUCGUUUCAGAGUACUUGGAAGAAUUCCCCGGGGAUGGCCGAGAGUGUGUGAACUGCGGGGCGAUGUCCACCCCGCUCUGGAGAAAGGAUGGCACCGGGCACUAUCUGUGCAACGCCUGCGGGCUCUAUCACAAAAUGAAUGGCAUCAACCGACCGCUCAUCAAGCCACAGAAGAGGCUGUCUUCGUCGAGACGUGCUGGUCUUUGUUGCACUAACUGUCACACAACCAAUACUACCCUCUGGAGACGGAAUGCAGAAGGAGAGCCAGUCUGCAAUGCCUGUGGAUUAUACAUGAAACUCCAUGGGGUGCCACGACCUCUGGCAAUGAAAAAGGAAAGCAUCCAGACAAGGAAAAGGAAGCCUAAAAACAUUACCAAAAGCAAAACCUCGACAGGGUCUACAACUUCAGCCACUAACUCCCCUUCUUCCAUUACAAACUCAGACAGCACCGUCACUUUAAAAACCGAAUCCAACGUGACAUCACAGUACCCCGGGCAAACCAUAGUGUCAGUCUCCCAGGCUCAAAGCCAAUCGGAUGACACACUGGCCAGCGGCCAUUCCGAGUUCAAAUUUGAACCUGAGGAUUACGCCUUCACUUCUGCUACCAUGACUCAACAGUCAGGACUAAGCAUUCCCCUCCGUCAGGACUCUUGGUGUGCACUGGCAUUGGCCUAG